GCAAUCGUGAAAACGACAGUGGGACUUGUUGGGGGCGGGGGGAGGUGAGUGAAAGGACCGCAGAGGGAGGCUGUUCGAUCACUGUGGUCGCUUUACUUUGGUUGAUCACAAACCGGACUCUUUAUUCCACAGAUCACAUAUCGAUUAUUGUUUUCCAGCGCAGCGCGAGGUGAGCGCUAGUGAGGAUGACAAUGCCGCAUGUGGGGGCAGUAUUUGCAGCAAUAACAGGAGUGAUGGCCAUCAUGCUGCACUCCUCUAUUCACAAGAUAGAGGAAGGACACCUCGCUGUGUACUACAGGGGUGGGGCGUUGUUGAUUUCCCCCAACGGUCCUGGAUAUCACAUCAUGAUGCCUUUCAUUACCACCUACAGAUCAGUGCAGACUACUCUCCAAACUGAUGAGAUCAAGAAUGUGCCUUGUGGAACCAGUGGUGGUGUGAUGAUCUAUUUCGACAGAAUAGAGGUAGUUAACAUGCUGGUCCCUUCAGCAGUGGUGGACACUGUGAGGAACUACACUGCCGAUUACGACAAAACUCUAAUUUUCAACAAGAUUCACCAUGAACUCAACCAGUUCUGCAGCGUGCACACACUACAGGAGGUCUACAUAGAGCUGUUUGACAUUAUAGAUGAAAAUCUGAAGACUGCUUUGCAGAAAGAUCUCAAUGCGAUGGCACCUGGACUUACAAUUCAGGCAGUCCGGGUUACCAAGCCAAAGAUCCCUGAGUCUAUCAGAAGGAACUUUGAACUCAUGGAAGCAGAAAAGACUCGUCUGUUAGUAACAGCUCAGACUCAGAAGGUGGUGGAAAAGGAAGCAGAGACUGAAAGGAAGAAGGCCAUUAUUGAGGCUCAGAAAAUGGCUCAGGUCGCAGAGAUCCACUUCCAGCAGAAAGUAAUGGAGAAAGAGACGGAGAAGAGGAUCUCUGAAAUAGAGGAUGCUGCCUUCCUGGCCAGGGAGAAGGCCAAAGCUGACGCAGAGUUUUACACUGCUGCCAAGUUUGCUGAAGCAAACAAGAUGAAGUUAACCCCAGAGUACCUGGAGCUGAUGAAGUACCAAGCCAUAGCAGCUAAUAGUAAGAUCUACUUUGGCCAGGACAUCCCGAACAUGUUUGUUGAAGGAACCAACGGUUCACCUAAGUCCGUGCACCCCGCUAAUCUACCCCAUGUUGAUACAGACGGGCAGUGACUCCAUAGCCAUGCUUCUGCACAGGACAGGAGAAACUGAUGAGGACUUUGUCUUGUCUGUGGGGUGGAGAGCACUGAACUGAAGUUGAUGGGUGGGAUAGCUUUGCAGCUAGUUUGGUGAACAAUACACUUCAGUCUUAAAUGUAUAUGGCUAAGAAAGUGGGGGGGAAGAUGAGGUGAAAGGCGAGCAGAGGGGAGAGGUAGAAAAGGUGAGAUAAAAAGGGAAAGCUGCUGCUCUUUUAGAAAAGAUGCAUUUUAGGUAUGGGAACGAUGCCAUUGUUAAAAAUCAAAAGCAGAAUUAAUGCUUAUGAUUGGGAAGGCGACAGCAAGUCGCCCUAAUUUACAUGUGCUUGCAAUCAGUGCAGUGCUGAACUUUGCUUUUGGAUCUGCAUUCAUUUUGUUUGUUUGUUUGUUUGUUUGAAUGCAAGAGGAGUGAUUUGUGAUGAUGAACAUGAUUUAUUUUAUUAAAAAUUAAUUUCUGCUUUAGCUUAACUUGAAUCUGACAGGGGAUUCGAUCAUCUCUUGCACUAAAUCACUAGUCUCUCAACAUGGGUCAGUGUGAGGGCUGUUUUAAUCACACCCCAUGGUGGUGAAGGGUUACUACAGGAGUACAAACAUUAAAGCAAUGAUGGAUAUAGCACUGUUCACUACCAGAAGUUCAUCUAAAUUUGUGGAAAUUGCACAGAGUUAGUUUUAUGAUGUUGUUCUAUAACCAAGUGGCCUGACUUUGUUAUAUCUUCACCUGAGCCUCUGUUAAGUAGAAAGUAGAUGUUAUUCUAUUGAUACUCAAGUCUUUAAAGUGGAAAGGCGGUCAGCAUGUGUUCGUAUGCAGUGAUGUCAGAGUGGUUGCCUUGUUUGAGUUUGUUGUGGAGAGUGCAGCCACUACAGAGGAGCUGAACUAAGGCAUUAACUGUGAAGCCAACUGAGAAAAAAGGCUCUAAUGCUGCUGAAAUCAAAUCAAAUUUUCUUUGAUAAAAAUAAAUUCAAGAUGAUCGAUAGUUCAAAGCUAAUUAAUAUGGGAGCGCAUGAAUGGAUGAGUCGGAUUCUAGAGAGUUAACACUGGAAGAAGUCGUAAUUUGUCUUCCUUGUCAAAAAGUCUGUAAAUCUUUCUUUCCUCUGUCUGGUUUUGACUAUUGGGUGGGGGCAUGCAUGUGGGAAAUUCGUUUUGGCUUUAUUUACAUGAUUGGUAGUGCGUGCGUUUGUCUGCUUACUCAGUUCUUUCAAAUUAAUUACAGAUUAUUGUGAGGUGGCUCAAUGCACAUUCUCAGGAAACUGAACUUUUAUUUGAAUAGUACGGCUGCUUAAAGCUUAAACCCUGCAAAGACAGUUUUGUAUAACAAAAAAAGAAAAACAGCUGAAAUGUAGUGCAAUGCUAUGAUUUUUUUGUCAUAAAAACACUUAAACUAAAUUAAAAAAAAACGUUAUUAUUAUUUAAUGUGACAUUUUCAUUGCAUGUCACCGUUUAUCUACUCCAUCUGUUUUCAGAAGGUGUCUGACAUUAGAAUAACACAAAAAGUCCCCUUCCACUGUUUACAAUUUUGUGUAACAGCAACAACAUUUUCCAAUCUUUGCUUAAAGAUGAAUUUAAAUUAUUUUAAUUGUGAUGCAAGAAACAUGCAACUCCUAAUUCUAAUAGUAUUACACUUAGUGAGACACAAACACAGGCUUUGUUGUAUUACAGUGAAUGUUGAUAUUGCUUGGACUUCAACCAGAUGCAAAUUGGUGCUAGUUUUUAUUGUGUAUCGGUUUUUGGAUGUUCCUCAGCUCUGUGGAUCAGAAACAUGGAAAUACUAUUCAGAAUUCUAGCCUUAAAUAACGAUGGUUUACCCCAGACUGAAGAAGUCAGUGAUGAUUAUAAACUAACAGUUUGGAAGUUAAAGGCUACACACUGCAUUUGCUUCGGUGGCGGGUUCAAAUAAAGCUACAACAGAGCGGUAUGAAUUCCUCUUAAAAAUGAUUUUCUUUUUUUGUCAAUAUUUUGUACAAUCUGUGAAAUGUAAACAUUGUCUCUUUGUUUUAAAAAAGGUUUAUAUGACAAAAUGUUUUCAAGUUUUGACAAUGUUCUACAAUAAAACCUAUUUUGGUA